AAGUGUGACGCUGCAUACAAUAUCCAGAUCAAAUUGGUGCUACACCUUCAACAAGUCAACUGCAGACAUGGAGGAUCCACUUCAAUUAAAGGAGAAUGGCAAUGAAUGCUUUCAGAACAAAGACUAUGACAAAGCAAUUGAAUGCUACACAAAAGCUAUUCAACUGACCAAGGACAAGAAAGUCCUAGCUGUACUUUAUAGAAACCGAGCAGCAUGUCAUUUGAAAAAGGAAAAUUAUGUGCCUGCUGCCUCAGAUGCCUCAAAAGCUAUUGAUGUGGAUGCGUCAGACAUCAAAGCACUUUAUAGGCGUAGUCAGGCACUGGAGAAGUUAGGGAAGUUGGAUCAAGCUUUCAAAGAUGUCCAGAGAUGUGCCACCAUGGAACCUAAUAACAAAACAUUUCAAGAAACCUUGCGACGUCUGAAUCAUGACAUUCAGGAGAAGCUAAAGAUUCAGUUCUCCACAGAUUCCAGGGUCGAACGGAUGUUUGAGAUCUUGCUAGAUGAGAACAUUGACAAAGAAAGGAAGGAAAAGGCUGCCAAUAACUUGAUAGUACUGGCAAGAGAAGAUGCAGGAGCUGAACGGAUUUUCGCAAACAAUGGUCUUAACUUGUUGAUGCAGCUUAUUGAUACCAAAAUGCCAGAGAUGAUGAUUGCUGCAAUAAGGACACUUUCAGGAAUGAGCAGUCGCCACAAGUCACGGGCAAUUGCUGUGUUACAUUUCAUGGGCUUGAACAAGAUUUGCAGUCUCAUGGCUCUGGACAAUGAAGACAUCGCUUUGGCAACCUCAAGUCUCUUCCAAACAAUCCUAGAUAACUUUGAAGGAGUAGAUAGUAAGGAGCAUCGUGGGAAGGAUGAAGCUCUGGUGCUGGAUACCUCUAAGGAUGCCAAGAUGAUCAUCAGGCACCUUCUUGAAAUGCUGACUCUCAAAAAUGUCUCAGGUCAUGGACGGGAUCAAGCACUUAAUCUGCUGAUCAGAAAUGUGCCUCGAAAGGACCUGGGCAUUAAAGACAACACCAAAAGCUUGGAUACAAUUGAUAUUGGCUUGAAGAAGAUUUUAGAAGUGGGAGGGCAAUUUCCCGAAUUGCCCAACUGUCUCCCCCUGACUGAUAAUACCUGCCUCACUGCUUCCAUCUUACUCAACAAACUCUACGAUGAUCUUCGCUGUGAUGAAGAGAGAGCUACUUUUCGAAAAAUCUGUGAAGAGUAUAUAACGAGCAAGUUUGACCCUAAGGACAUGGAAAAAAAUUUACACGCAAUCCAGUGUGUGUCUGCACUCCUUCAGGGACCCUUUGAUGUUGGAAACAGCAUUCUGGCCAUGCAAGGUGUCAUGGAGAUGAUGGUCGCAUUGUGUGGCUCAGAGAGAGAGAUCGACCAGAUGGUAGCAAUAGAGGCCAUCAACCACGCAGCAAGCAAAGCUAGCAGAGCGAAUUUCAUCAUUUCUAACGGAAUCACCUUACUGAAGGAUAUGUAUAAGAAAUCAACUAAUGAUAAAAUCAAAAUCAGAGCAUUAGUGGGUCUGUGCAAGCUUGGAUCAGCAGGAGGUACUGACUACAGCCUGAGGCAGUUCUCCGAAGGAUCCACUGAAAAACUUGCAAAACAAUGCAGAAAGUGGCUAUGCAAUCAAAAUAUUGACAUUCGUACAAGAAAGUGGGCGAUUGAAGGAAUGGCUUACCUGACACUGGACGCAGAUGUGAAAGAUGAUUUUGUAGAGGAUGAGCCAGCGAUGCAGGCAAUGUUUGAGUUGUCAAAGUCAGCUGACAAGACAAUCCUUUAUGCUGUAGCUUCGAUCCUGGUGAACUGCACCAACAGUUAUGAUGUCAAGGAGAAGAUCCCAGAGCUGGUUGAGUUGGCAAAGUUGUCAAAACAGCAUGUGCCUGAAGACCAUCCAAAGGAUAAGAAAGACUUUGUGAUGAUGCGCGUCAAGCGUUUGAUCAAAGUUGGUGUUGUCUCUGCCCUUGCUGUCAUGCUGAAAGCAGAUAGUGCCAUUCUAACAGACCAGACCAAGGAGCUCAUGGCCAGGGUGUUCCUUGCAUUGGUUGAAGAUGUUAGAGAUCGUGGUAAAGUUGUGGCACAAGGUGGUGGAAAGACCUUACUGCCUCUUGCCCUACAUGGCACAGACAUUGGUAAAAUUAAGGCAUCCCAUGCACUUGCUAAGAUUGCUGCCAUCUCUGACCCAGAAAUAGCCUUCCCGGGUGAAAGGAUCUACGAAGUUGUGAGGCCACUCGUCAGUUUGUUGAACACAGAGCGAGAUGGUAUACAGAACUAUGAAGCCCUAAUGAGUCUCACAAACCUUUCUGCAAAAAGUGAAAAACUAAGGCAAAAAAUAAUCAAGGAGAAGGCAUUGCCUGAGAUUGAAUGUUACAUGUUUGAGGAACAUGAUCAAAUUCGACAAGCAGCCACUGAAUGUAUGUGCAACAUGGUUGUCUGCAAGGAUGUUCAAGAACGUUUUGUGGCUGAAGGAAAUGACCGAAUGAAGCUAUUGGUACUACUCUGUGGUGAAGAUGACGUAAAGAUCCAGGUGGCAGCUGCAGGAGCUGUUGCCAUGCUUACCGCUAGCCGGAAGGAACUCUGCCACAAGUUGACAAGAGUGACUGCUCAGUGGCUCGAAAUCUUGCAGCGACUCUGUAUCCACGACAAUGUGGAAAUUCAGCACCGAGGCCUGGUCAUUGUUUACAACUUGAUGGAGGCAGACAAGGAAAUUGGCAAAAAGCUGAUUGAGAGUGAAAUGCUGGAAAUCCUGACAGUCAUUAGCAAAUUGGAAAAUAAUGUAAAACACCAAGAAUGUAUCAAUGUGGCUCGUGAAUGCUUGACUAAAGCAAUGGAUUACUCUCUUAUUAAACCAACAUCUUAGUCUGCAACAUAAAGAGCAGCCAGUGCAAAUGGCUUAGAUAUCAGAAUUAGACCACAUUUUAGGAAGUAACUGGAUAUUUACUCAAAGCCUGUAUCACUCCAGAUGCUGAUUAUUUAUCAAGCAAAUUACCAUUUUGACUGUGUUACACGAACAUUAGAAAGCAUUUGUCAGUUUGAAAUAAUUAUUUACUUCAUGUUUGCAACAAGACUUUAACUGAAAAACACAUCAAAAAUGAGUAAACGUGCAAUUUUUAAUUUUACAUUUGCCUUUUUACUGUAUCACUUUGAAUACCGAG